AUGUUCGGCAUCCUGGGGUCCGUCGACAUAGGCUCCGGCCAAACAUUUCCCACCUUUGACGACCUCUUCAAGGAUCUCAAGGCGACGAUGCAGAAGGACGGCUACAAGGUCGUCAAGUCGCGCACGCACAGGAACAAGGUCGCCGGAAACUACGAGAAGGGGAGCGAGGUCGUCCGCUGCGACUUGGUAUGCGACCGCGGGGGCCAGCCCUACAAGUGCACCGCGACCCAGCUCAAGACGACGACCAAGAAGACCAACUGUCCCUGGCGGGCCAAAGCCGUCAAUCGAAAGACGCUUGGCGCCUGGGUCCUGACAGUGAUUUGCGAUCAACACAACCAUGAGCCCCGGACGCCAGAGCCGCCUUCUGAUGAGGAGGAGGCUGACGCGGAUGGUGAUGCCGAGAUUGUGAAUCCUGACGAAGAGCCUGAAGCGCCGACCCUUGACCCCGAUACACAAGCGGCGCUGGCUGUAGCGGGGGUGUCCUCGUCGGCCAUGCGCCUCACGGGCGAGACCUUCCACCAGUUCAAGGGCGAAUAUCGCAGAAUGUCGAAGCCGGAACGCAUCGGUAACCUUGCGCAGAUGCAAAUGCGCAUCGCUGCGAUCUAUGCCGUCGAGAACGAAGAUCUUCAGCGACAGGAACGGCAGGCGCGUCAAGAGAAAAAGCACCAAGAAAUCGAGGAGGGCAAUCGACGGCGUGUUGCUGAACAAUCCCAGCAGCAGCAACAUCAGCAGCAGCACCAGGUACAACAGCAUCAGCAGCAGCAGCAACAACAACAGCAUCAACAGGCGCAGCAGCAGGCGCAUCAACAGCAGCAGGCGCAACAGCAGGCGCAGCAACAGCAGGUACAGCAACAACAUGCGCAGCAGCAGCAGCACCAAGUACAACAGCAGGUUCAGCAACAGGUGCAUCACCAUCAGCAGCAACAGCACCACCACCAACAGCAUCAGCAGCAUCCCAUGGCCCAGUACGCGCCCAUGGGCGGUGCUCCUAAGCACCCCUUCCAACAGACGCAGGAGGAGGAACAGGCACAGGCGGCGGAGCGACGGCGACAGAUCAAUCAGAUGAACAGGGAGCAGCACAUGGCAACGCCGGUCCAACAGGCACCAAUGCAACAUACGCCCGUCCAACAGACGCCCGUCCCCGUGCCCCAGUUCGGGAUGCAUUCGGCGCCGAUCGCGCAGAAUAUUUUCCGGCACUACGCAGGCACGCCCCAGCAGACGAGCGCGGUCAUCACGCCCGUCACGGUACCAACCAAACGACGAGGACGGCCGCCAAAAGGAGGUUCCAAGGGAAACCCAAACGGUGCGUCUUGA